GACUGGAUUGUGAUGUACGAACAGGAGAAAAUAUGUGCUUUAAAAGGAUCUACAGUGUUUAUUAAAGGCACUUUUACACUUCCAGCAGAUUUAGGCAAACUUAAACUAAAAAAAACAUUUUGUAUGAAAUUCAGAGGUUCCGGGGUGGAGCCGACUGAUCUGAGUGUAGAUCCAGAUUACUCAGGCAGGGUUGAGUGUUUAACUGAUAAUAAAACGUACUACUCUCUCAAACUGAGUAACGUAACGAAGAAGGAUCAAAACAAGUACAACUUCAGAAUCCAAGCAGAUGAUGAUAAAAAUAAAUGGAUGGGAAAACCUAAUGUCAUUCUGAAUGUUACUGAGCUCCAUGUAGAAUCUCCUGGAGAAGUAACAGAAGGAGAAUCAGCAGUUCUGACGUGUAAAACCACCUGCAGUCUGACUGAUCCAACAUUCAUCUGGUACAAAGAUGGACGUCCUUUAACCACAGAGAUGAUCCAGAAGAAUCAGCAGCUCCACCUGCAGACAGUCAGCAGUGAAGAUGCAGGCAGUUAUAGCUGUGCUGUAAGAGGAUCUGAACAUCUCCCCUCUACUGCUCAAACUCUCAGAGUCAGACAUCCUCCAAAGAGCGUCUCAGUGUCCAUCAGUCCCUCUGGUGGAAUAGUGGAGGGAAGUUCAGUGACUCUGAACUGCAGCAGUGAUGGAGACCCACCUGUGGAGAACUACACCUGGUUUAAAGAAGGUGGAGACUCACCUGUAGGAUCUGGACAGAGUUUCAGCAUCAUCAACAUCACUGCUGAUCACACUGGACUGUACUACUGUGAAGCUCAGAAUGCAGUUGGAGUUCAGAAUGGAUCUGUGAUGAUUGGUGUUCAGAGUAGGUGGAUUCAGAAGAGAGAUGCUGGAUCUGAUCAGGAUGGAUCAGAUCAGGAUGACAUCCAGUACGCCACCGUUACUCACAGCAGAUCCAGACCUGUAGAGACUGCAGGUGAUGCUUCCUCUGGAGCUCCUGAUCAUGAUGAUGAUGUUCAGUACGCUACAGUCAGGACUGGUAGAAAACCUGAUGUUGUGAUCAGAUCUGACCAGCAGGAGGAGCUUCAGUACGCCAGUGUUACAUUCCACCACUGUCACGCUGAUGCUGCUGCUACCGGAGUCCGAAAACCUGUUGGAGCUUAUGGAACAGAGUGGAGUGUAACUUACGACCAGCAGGAAAUAUGUGCUGUAAAAGGAUCUACAGUUUCCAUGACUGGACGUUUUCAACACCCAGAAGGUCUAAAAGUGACUGAGACGUUUUGGAUCAGAGAUUCCUUUAACAUUUUGAAUUGGACUGAUCUGCGAACAGCGUCUGAUUACUCCGGCAGGGUUGAGUAUUCAGUUAAUGAACAGAAUCACGUCUCCUUCAAACUGAGUAGCGUAAUGAAGAGGGACGAACAGGAGUACUGCCUCAGGAUUAUCACAAACGAAGAAAAGCAAAGAUAUCUGGGACGACCUGGAGUAACGCUCUGUGUUACAGAUCUUCAUGUAGAAUCUCCUGGAGAAGUAACAGAAGGAGAAUCAGCAGUUCUGACGUGUAAAACCACCUGCAGUCUGACUGAUCCAACAUUCAUCUGGUACAAAGAUGGACGUCCUUUAACCACAGAGAUGAUCCAGAAGAAUCAGCAGCUCCACCUGCAGACAGUCAGCAGUGAGGAUGCAGGCAGUUAUAGCUGUGCUGUAAGAGGAUCUGAACAUCUCCCCUCUACUGCUCAAACUCUCAGAGUCAGACAUCCUCCAAAGAACAUCUCAGUGUCCAUCAGUCCCUCUGGUGGAAUAGUGGAGGGAAGUUCAGUGACUCUGACCUGCAGCAGUGAUGGAUACCCACCUGUGGAGAUCUACACCUGGUUUAAAGGAUCAUCAUCAGUAGGAACAGGAGGAACCUACAGCAUUCCCAACAUCAGCUCUGAGGACAGUGGAGAAUACACAUGCCAGAGUCGUAAUGAACUCGGAGAGAGAAGAUCCACUGCUGUCUCUUUAAAUGUUCUGUAUCCUCCAAAGAGCGUCUCAGUGUCCAUCAGUCCCUCUGGUGGAAUAGUGGAGGGAAGUUCAGUGACUCUGACCUGCAGCAGUGAUGGAGACCCACCUGUGGAGAUCUACACCUGGUUUAAAGGAUCAUCAUCAGUAGGAACAGGAGGAACCUACAGCAUUCCCAACAUCAGCUCUGAGGACAGUGGAGAAUACACAUGCCAGAGUCGUAAUGAACUCGGAGAGAGAAGAUCCACUGCUGUCUCUUUAAAUGUUCUGUAUCCUCCAAAGAACGUCUCAGUGUCCAUCAGUCCCUCUGGUGGAAUAGUGGAGGGAAGUUCAGUGAAUCUGACCUGCAGCAGUGAUGGAGACCCACCUGUGGAGAACUACACCUGGUUUAAAGAAGGUGGAGACUCACCUGUAGAAUCUGGACAGAGUUUCAGCAUCAUCAGCAUCACUGCUGAUCACACUGGACUGUACUACUGUGAAGCUCAGAAUGCAGUUGGAGUUCAGAAUGGAUCUGUGAUGAUUGAUGUUCAGAGUAGGUGGAUGAAGAAGAGAGAUGCUGGAUCUGAUCAGGAUGGAUCAGAUCAGGAUGACGUCCAGUACGCCACCGUUACUCACAGCAGAUCCAGACCUGUAGAGACUGCAGGUGAUGCUUCCUCUGGAGCUCCUGAUCAUGAUGAUGAUGUUCAGUAUGCUACAGUCAGGACUGGUAGAAAACCUGAUGUUGUGAUCAGAUCUGACCAGCAGGAGGAGCUUCAGUACGCCAGUGUUACAUUCCACCACCGUCACGCUGAUGCUGCUGCUACUGGGUCACAGAAAGAGGAUGAUGCUUCAGUCAUCUAUGACAGAGUCAAAUAG